CGACCGAUACUGUAUGUACUUUUGUAGUCACACGUAAGAUUUCUAAUUGAAUUAUGUGUUAAAAAAUAAAUUGUUGUGUUAAUUUGCUUAGUAUUUGCGAAUAAUUAGUGUCCAAUAUGUGGUUAGACGAGGCUGAUGGCUUUGCCGAAAUUUUCAAAGGCUAUUUGCCCUACUAUUUGCUCGUGGCUCUGCCUAUUUUUAUCAUCAUGUCCCCAGUGAACCCUGUUGCCGCAUCCCAUGAAUUUUCAGUAUACAGAAUGCAACAAUACGACUUACAUACAGUAUCUCAUGGGUGUCGCAGCGCCAGCUUUAACUUAGAAGGCAGAUCUCUAACUUCUUGGAGUACAUCUCGGCACUGUGUAGUGGCGCGAGUGGAAGACAUUUCCAUUGAACAAUUUAUGGAGAUCAGGAGCAAAGCAGGUGCAUUACUUCUGGUGCUACCAAAAAAUAACACUUUGUUGUCACCUGAAGACAAAGAGCAUAUUCAACUUCUUGAGAUGGCAAUGAUUCAAAAUGAGGUCAAUGCUCCAGUGUACUUUGCUGAGUGGAGUCCUGACUUUGAAGAUAUUCUGAAGGACUUGCAACAUAGUUUUAUAACUGAUGAUAAAUCAGGAACAGCACUUGAAGCUAUGUUCAACAGUGUCUCCUCUAAUGGUUACCAAAUAGUGGUGUCAGCAUCGACGCCUGCGAAGUUGGAUUCGAAGCCAGUGACCCUGCACGGCAAGCUGGUGGGUCGCUCGGGCUCUGCGCAGACUAUCGUCAUUGCUGCACAUUACGACUCAGCUGGUGUUGUUCCUGAGUUAUCUCAAGGCGCGGACUCUAACGCGUCAGGUACAGUAGCGGUUCUGGAGUUGGCCCGUAUAUUCUCGCGGUUGUACUCAACAGCUGCGGGCCGCGGUGCACCCACGCUGCUCUUUGUUCUCACUUCCGCUGGACACUCCCUUAACUACUUCGCUGCGAAGAAGUGGUUAGAGGAACAGCUGGAUUCCACUGACGCUUCAUUAUUGCAGGAUGUCUCCUUCGUGAUGUGCCUGGAUUCCAUAUCGGCGGCCCCAUCACUUACCAUGCACGUAUCGAAGCCUCCGAAGCCGGGCGGCGCGGCACACUCCAUCAAGUCCAGGCUAGGAGCUCCCAUCAAUCAUAAAAAGAUCAAUUUAGCAGAUGAGACACUCGCUUGGCAGCACGAGAGAUUCAGUAUUAGAAGGAUGACAGCGUUUACAUUAAGCGCUUUACAGAGUCAUAAAGAGCCAUCAAGAGGUUCUCUCCUGGAUACACCAUCAGAUCUGUCGGAGUCGAAUCUGGUGAGGAACAUAGGAGUGUUGGCGCGAGCUCUCGCUUCCCACGUGUACAAUCUGACUGACGAGGUUAAUAAUGAAGACGCCAUCUUGUAUGAUGAAUUGUUGGGUGUAGACGAAGGGGCGAUCAAACAUUGGUACAAAUAUUUGUCGUCACAAUCUAGGGCACCUCAAAUAGUCACCACACUACCACCAAAUACUGGUGUGACGGGUGCGUUGGAGAGGACUUUGUCCAGAUACAUGGAGGUCACUGUGAGCUCACACGCGGUUGAUAAGCGGGAACCAGAGUACACGUUGUACGGCCCGACCACAGCGCAGUUAUAUGUAUACAGUGUAAAACCGGCGGUGUUCGACUUAAUCCUCACGUUGGGUAUAGUGGCGUACCUCACAGUCGUAUAUUUUGCGAUACAACUUUUCCCGCGUUUCUACGAAGAGUACGCUCGGAUAGUGACUGGAAAAGAAAAAAUUAAUUAGUCCUACAUACCGGCUGUGUGAAUUAGACUUUAUGUUCAUAAUUAUAAGAGUAAUUUUGCUAUGUCUAAUAGUAUAUAUACUAAGAACGUUCGUCGCCGAAGUAUUGCAAUGUUGGUAUAAUUUGUCAAUAUUUUCUAGAAACUUAUUCCAACUAAUAACCCCAUUGUGGAAUCAUCCUCUAGCAAUGGUAUUUCCGAACCGAUACCAUAUUACCUUCAAUAGAAAAAAGUUUAGUCCUUUCUAAAAGCCGGCAAUGCACUUGCAGUUCCCCUGGUGUUGCAGGUGCUUAUGGGCGGCGGUAGUCACUUACCAUCAAGUGUGCCACUAGCUCGUUUGUGUUUGCGCUAUAAAAAAAAUAUUACCCAAAAUUUCUGGUGAUAUUACCAGAAAUUUUCGGUAUUAUUUUAGUUGGUUAAUUGUCAGGUGUUUUCUAGUG